UCCAAAGCUCUUACUUGUUUUAGCUAAAGUUCUACUUGUUUGAAGAAGAUGGAGGUUUACAGUCCUUUGGAAAUUACAAUUAAGUCAGCCACGGAUUUGGAGAACGUGAAUCAUGCUUUGAAAAUGGAAGUGUGCGCCGUGGUUUCGAUUUGCGGCAGUGACAAUUAUAAUCUAAAUUCGACGGAGCAAAGAACACCGGUGGACACAGACGGUCAUUCAAACCCGAAAUGGAACUUCUUCGCUAAGUUCAACAUUGACAUAGUUGCAGCACAGCAGAACCAGCUCGCCCUCGUCAUCAAGCUAAAGUCGGUUAACUUAUCGAAACCAAAUGGCGAAGACGACAUUGGUGAAGUCAAUGUGCCCAUCAAGAAUCUUCUGGACACUUUUGGCCACGCAGAAGAAGAUGAAAAAAAUGUGAGUUACCCUGUGAAAACCAUGGCUGGGGCGCUCAGAGGAGAACUAAUAUUUUCGUUCAAGUUGGGGAAGCCAAGUUCUACUGAGUAUCAACAUGUUGUUCGAGAUCCAGGUUAUUAUGGAUUUUUACACUCUGUGUAUACAGUUCCACCGCACGCAGCUCAGCCACCACAUCCACUGUAUGGGCCCACAGUUCCGCCUCCAUAUCCACCGUAUGGCCUCGCAGCUCCGAGACCAUAUCCACCAUAUGGACCCGCAGCUCCGAGACCAUAUCCACCAUGUGGGCUCGCAGCUCCAUCUCCAUAUCCACCAUAUGGGCCAGCAGCUCCACCACCAUAUCCACUGUAUGGCCACGCAGCUCCGCCUCCAUAUCCACCGUAUGGCCAAGCAGCUCCGCCUCCAUAUCCAGUACCGUAUGGCCAAGCAGCUCCGCCUCCAUAUCCAGUAGCGCAUGAACAAACAGCUCCGCAGAUGCAGCCUCAGAAUAAGCCUAACUUACUGGCUCAGUUGGGAAUAGGUGUCGCAGCUGCAGUGUUGAGUGGGGCUGCCCAGGUGGGAAUCGGUGCUCUUUUCUCUGGGUAGAUAGCUUGAUAUCUAACUUACUGGCUGCCCUUCAUAGCAAGUGCAGAAAAUAUUACUGCUGUCUAAUGGUUACGUACCCAUAUUUUUAUAAG